AUGGCCAAUCCCUACUUUGAUAUCCUGUACACUGACGCGGAAGGCCAAGAGGAACCCUGGGGUCGCAUUGUAUUCAAGCUCUAUGAUGAUAUCGUUCCCAAAACAGCCGCCAAUUUCCGCGAACUGGCAACCGGCGAGCAUGAAUUUGGCUAUGCUGGGUCGAAAUUCCACCGGGUGAUUGCUGGCUUUAUGGCCCAGGGUGGUGACUUUACCAGAGGAAAUGGAACGGGUGGAAAGUCAAUCUAUGGUGAUCGAUUCGCUGACGAAAACUUUGAUGUUAAACACGACAAACCAUAUCUGUUGUCCAUGGCCAAUGCUGGCCCCAAUACGAACGGAUCCCAGUUCUUCAUUACCUUCGUACCAACACCUCAUCUGGACGGCAAGCACACAGUCUUCGGCGAGGUUUUGAGUGGCCACGAAAUAAUCGAACAGAUGCAAAGCAAGAGUCUGGACAAUAGCGGAGCCACCGAUGGUGUCAUUCAAAUCAUUGCCUCAGGAGCAGAGUGA